GCAGGAUUGAAUCAAACCUAAAACGAGCCACUGAGACUUCCGCCGUCAGGCCACUUUGGUGUCAUUUCCUUCUUUGUCUUGGGCAGCCGCUCCAUGAGGCUGUUGAGGACGGCGAGUCCUUUGAUGAAUAUAGUCGAGCAGGUGGCCGUGAUGGCGACGACCAUCGUGACACGGUCCGUCAUCCCCGGGCCGUACAGGAUAGUCAUGACAAGGAUGGGGACCUCGAACAGCGACGCCGCGAAGAGGCAGGCGUGCUGCCGCAGGGUGGCCCUUUGUCGGAUGAAGUAGGCGACGAUUGCACUCAGGUUGUCCACUUGGCAGAGGAUCAGUAUCGACACCCCGGGCCACACCAAGUCAUGCUGAAUCAUGCCCAUUCCCACAACUGCAAUCAACGCAACAAAGCACGGCAACAGCAGUAGGUAGGUAGUGGGUGUCUGGUUGGCUGAGAGGUGGCGCGGCGUGGCGUGUGCAGCUGAGCUACCUACCGAGGUCAGACAUGAAGUCCACAAUAGUGAGCAUGUAGGCGAUGUACUUGAGCAGCUGACAGAAGUCCAGCGCGUCCAUGCCCCUCAUCCAGGGCACACACUUCCGAAUCAGAGGGAAUAGCCGGUUCUGAUCCGCCCACACAUGCCCCGAGGCCGUCAGCAGACGCGUACAAGGGACAUCCACCAGGCCGUACAAGCUGGACACACGCGAGAGCCACCGACUCCCAUGCAGCCUCUCCAGCGCAUGAUCCUCGUCUGUGAACAAUCGUGGCUGGGCGUUGAGAGCAAAGCAGGGCGUGACGAGGCCCAUAUAGAUGCACAGCACUAGCAAAGUGGCCGCAUACCCGAACGCUGCACGGACACGGCAGGAGGUUGCAGGGAGUGCAUUGGUCAGACUGUCUGUCUGUCUGCUCCCAUCCUUUGUUUUGUUGUUCCUUACGUGUGUAGACCAGGACGCAGGCCGUCACCAGGACGCCAUAUAUGAGUGCCACGACCUGGACAGCCAGAUUCCUGUACGUCCCGUAAGGAUAUAGCAAGUUGACGGUGGCCAACAGCAUGGGAUCUCCCACUUCAAACAUGCAAACAAGCAGGGUCACCAAACAGUCAAGGAGGCAAUAGCUCAGGGGAAGUCAAGUCAUUGCGCCUACCGAUUCCACUCAUGGCGUACAUGCUGGCCCAUUUCGAUUCAGGCACAAGGACAAUUGUGAUCGCUGCUAUCAGGAACAGCCAGAAGCCCCCGAGGACUGCACACACGCGUCCGCCAAGACAACAAACAAAACAGACAGCACGAGUGGCUUUUGGCUCCCGUCAGUAGUCAGGACGGUGCCUUGCCUCCUCAUUCUUACACGACAAUGUCCAACAGAGUCCCAUCUUUGCCGGCACAUCAGGGAGAUAGAAUCGCAGCCUUCGCUCCCGCCCCCAGACGUCGGCCACAAGAUCCAUUACUAGGUACUUGCCGGGAGGCUGUGCAGCCGCCUUCUUGGCAUCGUCAUUGACAGAGCCAGACGGGCUGGGGCUCCGGUCACCCGCAGCAACACACACCUGACUUGAGCGCUGGGAGGGAAACAGGGGGCCGACGCCGCCGCUCGAGUCCGCCGUUGACGCUGCACUGGCAGGCGUUGCCGAGCCCAGCACAUCAAUUACGACAGAUCUCGGUGACACAGCUGUUGCUGACGAGGCUUGGGAGGCGGUCGCCAAGAAGGAAUGGCAUGCUGACCACGACGAGAUCUCGUCGGAGAUGGGCGAUAACAUCGCAGACGAGCACACAGCCGACAGAGCUCAUUGGAGGCAACAUUCUAUCUCUCGAGAUCUAUCCCGAGAGAAGGACUGUGAUGGAGAGGCCGGAGAGCAGUCGAUCCCGGAGUCAAACCCAUCCACCAUCAUCCAUCUCCUUUCUCUCGCGGGGGUCACGCGACGGGCGAAUGGCCCUACGCCCUCAGGAUUCCGCAGGGAUUCCCCUCGCCAGCGAAUUUC